AUGGCGCUACAGACCAACAUACCAGACUGUGGCACUACAGACCAACAUACCAGACCAACAUACCAGACUAUGGCGCUACAGACCAACGUACCAGACUAUGGCGCUACAGACCAACAUACCAGACUAUGGCGCUACAGACCAACAUACCAGACUGUGGCGCUACAGACCAACAUAACAGACUAUGGCGCUACAGACCAACAUACCAGACCAACAUACCAGACUAUGGCGCUACAGACCAACAUACCAGACCAACAUACCAGACUAUGGCGCUACAGACCAACAUACCAGACUGUGGCGCUACAGACCAACAUACCAGACCAACAUACCAGACUAUGGCGCUACAGACCAACAUACCAGACCAACAUACCAGACUAUGGCGCUACAGACCAACGUACCAGAUUAUGGCGCUACAGACCAACGUACCAGACUAUGGCGCUACAGACCAACAUACUAGACCAACAUACCAGACUAUGGCGCUACAGACCAACAUACCAGACCAACAUACCAGACUAUGGCGCUAAAGACCAACAUACCAUACCAAAAUACCAGACCAACAUACCAGACCAAUAUACCAGACCAACAUACCAGACCAACAUACCAGACUAUGGCGCUACAGACCAACAUACCAGACCAACAUACCAGACUAUGGCGCUACAAACCAACAUACCAGACCAACAUACCAGACUAUGGCGCUACAGACCAACAUACCACACCAACAUACCAGACUAUGGCGCUACAGACCAACAUACCACACCAACAUACCAGACUAUGGCGCUACAGACCAACAUACCAGACCAACAUACCAGACUAUGGCGCUACAGACCAACAUACCAGACCAACAUACCAGACCAACAUACCAGACUAUGGCGCUACAGACCAACAUACCAGACUAUGGCGCUACAGACCAACAUACCAGACCAACAUACCAGACUAUGGCGCUACAAACCAACAUACCAGACCAACAUACCAGACUAUGGCGCUACAAACCAACAUACCAGACCAACAUACCAGACCAACAUACCAGACUAUGGCGCUACAGACCAACAUACCAGACCAACAUACCAGACUAUGGCGCUACAGACCAACAUACCAGACUAUGGCGCUACAGACCAACAUACCAGACUAUGGCGCCUCUAA